GCUGCAUUUAUAACAGGCUGCUCAGCAGACACAACAGAUGAGUGUACACAACUAACCGAGGACAGGAUGAACACACUGCUGACCUUCUCCCUCACCUUGUUGUUCAGCUCGUUGGUCUGGAGUGGCUAUCUGGAAUAUGACCAAGAUGUCUUGAUACCAGACGACUGGAACCAUGGGGGUCGGGUGGAUCCCACAGACCAGCUGGAGCUGACCUUUGCCCUAAAGCAGCAAAACUCUGACCUGCUGGAGUCAAUACUCGGACUGGUGUCGGACCCUGACUCAGGACUAUAUGGUAAAUACCUCACCCUGGAUGAAGUGUCCUCCCUGGUGCGUCCCUCUAAACUGACCCAGAAGGUGGUGCAUCACUGGCUGCAGAGUCAUGGGAUUACAAACUGCCUGACUGUACUUACUCAGGACUUUCUACAGUGCAGCAUGACUGCAGCGGUUGCAGAGAAGCUGCUACCAGGUAGCAACUUCCACCGUUACACCAGGGACGGCCACUCUGAGGUCAGGUCUUCAGCUCCUUACUCUGUCCAUGAUGAUGUUCACGAGCACCUGGACUUUGUUGGAGGGCUUCACCGCCUCCCUCCUAAAGGGCAGGACCUCAGCCAAGCCUCGUCUCACAGAGAGAUGAAGCAGUCUGAGGCAGGGGUGCACCUGGGGGUGACUCCCGCCAUCUUGAGGGCCCGCUAUAACCUCACAGCAGCUGAUGUGGGAACAGCUCAGAACAACAGCCAGGCUGUAGCUCAGUUCCUGGAGCAGUACUACAGCCCUGCAGACCUGGCGGAGUUCAUGGGGAUGUACGGCAGGAGCUUCCAGCAUCUCUCUCAGGUGGACCGGGUGGUUGGCACUCAGGGAGAAGGAAAGGCUGGGAUUGAGGCCAGUCUGGAUGUAGAGUACAUCAUGAGCACAGGGGCUAACAUCUCCACAUGGGUCUUCACCAAUCCAGGUCGGCACGAGUCCCAGGAGCCUUUCCUCCAGUGGAUGUUUUUGCUCAGCAACAUGUCUGACCUGCCCUGGGUUCACACAAUCAGCUACGGAGACGAUGAAGACAGCCUGUCUACUGCGUACAUGAUGCGUGUCAACACAGAGUUUAUGAAGGCUGGCGUCAGGGGAAUCUCUCUGCUCUUUGCUUCUGGUGACAGUGGUGCAGGCUGCAGACAUUUGGGUAAAGAGAACUCCUUCAGGCCAAGCUUUCCCGCAUCAAGCCCAUACGUCACUACAGUAGGAGGAACUUCAUUCAAAAACCCAUUUAAGGUCACGUAUGAAGUAACAGAUUACAUCAGUGGAGGAGGCUUCAGCAAUGUCUUCAAGAUGCCCGACUACCAGGCCAGUGCGGUGGAUGGGUACCUGAAGACUGAAGCAGCAACGCUCCCUCCUCAGGCAUAUUUCAACACCAGCGGCAGGGCCUAUCCGGACCUGGCCGCCCUCUCCGAUAACUAUUGGGUGGUCAUCAACAAAGUGCCUGUCCCCUGGGUGUCUGGGACCUCGGCGUCUACCCCUGUGGUCGGGGGCAUGCUGUCUCUCAUCAACGACCAGCGGCUGCUGCAGGGUCUUCCUGUCCUCGGCUUCCUCAACCCUCGCCUCUACAAGCUCAAAGGAAAAGCUAUGUUUGAUGUGACUGAAGGCUGUCACCUGAGCUGUCUGGACGAACAGGUGCAGGGAAAAGGCUUCUGUGCGGCUCCAUCAUGGGACCCUGUGACGGGCUGGGGGACGCCCAACUACCCUGAGCUGCUGGCUGCGCUGCUAGCUGAGUGAAAACCCACCGCCAUGAGAGAAACCAUCAGGGAGACAUCUGCUCUGGGAGCAGGUAUUAUACACACAUCUACAGGCAGGAUGCUGACAUGGAGGGGAAACUAUGCUUUAAACCAAUGCCUCUUGUUUUGUUAAGUUCAUAUGAAGUUAACACUGCAAUAUUCCAGCCUUCAGGAAACAAUUUUAUCAAUCAUCCUCACCUAUCCAUUUAAAAAAGGUACUCUUAACGUCUAUUCAGUACACAUCUUAUUUUCUUCAAAUGGCUUGAAACUGUUUCCUCAAAAUGUAACGACAGGGAUUGUGAUUUGGGAUUUUUUAUAUUACAAUGCAAAUGGCUUCUUUCUGUUCACUGACCCAGAUUACUCUUUGCCUUUUUAAAUCCAAGCAGCUAGAUGAACAGGAGAAUUGUAGGGAAAACGGUUCCUUUGCAUAAGGAACAUUUUAAAUGCUCACACCAGUUCACCUCCUAAAUUUACAAACAGGGCUUUUGUGAAUAGGAUUUUAUUUUUUUAAAGUGCUAAAUAUCAAUUAAGAAUCUAUAUACCGGAUGCAAUAAUUUUAUCUGAUCAGGAUACUGAGACUACAAUAGGGUCCAGGUUGGGGGUGUAGUAAGACUUAGUACAAUACCACUCUGCAGGGAUGAGCUAGGUACAAAAAAACAACUAUAUUGCACGCAAUUAAAAAAAAAAAAAAAAAUGAAAUGAAACGGGAACAUAGUGUGUUAAAGAUUUCCCGGACCACUUUUUAAACUUUAUUUUAAUUUUGGGUUAUUGCCAUUAGCUCUGCAGCAAUGACCAAGCCAAAUGCACUGGAAUGUGUGGGUUAAACGUGAUUCAGAAGUUCUACUCACCAGCAUCGUUGCUCUCGUUUUAAUCUUUAAAGCAUUUUAAUGUGAGAUAGACUGCCUUACUUGGAAAUGUGAGUUGAUUGUUCUGGGUGUAAAGGAGGAUAUUGACACUGCGUUCUUUGAAAUGUAACACAAGCCAGUGCAAAUGGAAAUGAAAUGGAUAUCGAUUGCAAAAUACAAAUCUGAUAAUUGCUGAAUCAUUUUGUGGCAAAACUGACAAACAUCCUAGAUUCUGUCUCUGAACACCUGAUGGCCCGGUGCAAUCUCAAAUGUUACUAAUAUUUUCCGAUUGUAUGAACCAUUGUAACAAUUUACCAGCUGCGGGAUGCCACUUUUAAAUGUCCAAUUUAAGUUUUAAGAUGUGAAAUUGUGAGUUGAGUAUAUGCACUGCUGUGAAAAAUAAAACUGAAUUUGUUUCA